ACUAAGUGGACCACGUAUAAACGAGAUUGGACCGUCAAUACUCGUAGGAGGAGGUAUAAAUCUAGUGUAAGCCGCCUGGACGCGAAGCUACCUACUAUGUAGAUAUUUAUUAUUACUUUUUUCGUCCGCUUUGUCCACGAAGAACGUGGCAGCCACUCAUUUUUACUAUCAUGCGUCUUUCACUUUCAAUCCUUCCUGCAUUGAUCAGCUUCGUCUGUCUUGCUCAUGCCAACGACGUCGGUGACUAUGGUGCCGACGCCUGCGUUCCUGACUGGGAAAUCUGCGAAUGGCAGCAGCCCCUAAUCGACUUGUUGCUUGGAAUCCCUGGGGUCGAUUCGAUUUGCCAGCAGUAUGAUCCUUUGGUGACUGGGCCCAUCGUUGUCACUGUCACCGAUACCCCGAGACCGGUGACAGCUACAACUACAUUAUUCCGCGCAUCGAGCCAGGUCAUUCCUCAUACUUCUACGUUGACGAAAACCAUCCUUCAAUCAUCCCAAGCAGUUGUGACCCGCCUGUUUUCAUCAACCGCCAUUCGAAAAGUCGCUCUUACCCCUACUGUCACGGACGUUGAGGCUACCACUGUUACGGAAACGGACACUGUCACUGACACAUCCUCGACUACACUCACCGACCUGGUGACGCAAACUGCUACUCAGGUAAUCACACAAUACACCACCACCACGGCUACCGUUACAGCAGGAGCAACGACAACUUCCGUCGCCCCAGCAAAGCGAAACACAAAUGGUGACCUGGCACAGUUGGAAUUGUAUGGAGCUGAAGACCUCAGUGAGGCAUGUUCAUGCCUGCAGUCCUCAACUUUGUAUGAGACCGUUACUCUACCACAGUCCACGACCACAAGGACGGUCAUCCUCGCUACUACGUUGAGUUCUAGUAUAGCUGUUAUCCAGACUGCCGCUGUGACCGAUGUAGUCAUCAACACCUCGACAGCUGAUUUAACCGUAGUCGUGACUGAUACAUCAACCACCAUCUCAACAGCUACAAUAACGGUUGAGACCACUGUAAGCGCUACAGUAGACCAAACAGUUGAUGUCACAGAAACCGAUACUGUCACGGCAACAGCCACUAUCACUGACCCGUUCACAACAACGCUACCUGUUACCGUCACCGCCACCGUCACUCCAACGGCAACAUGCGGUGUCAAUCUUAUCCAAAACCCGGAGUUCGCAAGCACCUCCUUGCCCCCUUGGACGGUAGCGUUGAGUGGAGGGUUUAUCCAACAAUACAAUAGCAACUGCGGCGUGAGCUCGUAUUGUAUCCUCUUUUAUGGCAGCAGUGCUGGUAGCUUCACACUUUCUCAAACCAUUGAUACAUUCGCCGGAGAGAGUUAUACCAUGUCCUUUGACUAUCAUACCUGGAGUACUCCGCAAGCUGGAGCGGCUUUUACAUGUCAUGUCAAUAAUUCUGCUGAGACCUCGUGGAGCAUCCCAUUAAGUGUAUCCACAUCGAGUUGGGCUUCGUACACUGGAACAUUUGUUGCGUCAAGUUCGUCUACCACUUUCACAUGCACGGGUUCGACGACACACGAAUAUAUAUUGAACCUGGACGCGUUUGACAUUCAGUGCUAAAGGUACAUAACUUACCACUCGACGGUGUCUGACUGUGGAAAGUGGCAGCUGUCGAAUCCAGUAUCGUAUAAUUGGCUUCACAACAUUGGACUGCGAUAUUCUGUCUAAUGUGUGGAAAAUCUUAAUCAUAUAAUUACGAUCGCAGUGCACAAGAGCCACUCGAGCGGUCCUAGUCCCAAAGGGGUCCGGUGAUUGCCUCCUCUUGUUAAUUAUCUGAGUUGUGUUUAUUGUAGUUUGUGAAACGCUGAUCCAGUAAUUAUCUCGCCUACUUUGGAUUAGCAGGAUCUACUGUAUACUAGCCUUAAUGUAUAAAGUAGUGGUAGUUUACCAGUCCAUAUAUAAGACUCUUACUGUUCUUUAGCAUAUCAGCACACCAUCACGAUG